AUGGCGGCACGAUAUGAAAGCGAUUCGGACGAUAGUAUUCCUGAGAUAGAUAUAUCACUUAGAGUUAAUGUACAGCCCUACCAGUACGAACCAGUUGUACUGCGCGACACAUCCCCACUACCGGAAAACGAUAGUGAGUCAGAAAUCAGCGAGGAUCAAUCGGACGAAUGCCCUUCACCAUCUGAUAUGCAAUGGUGCUCGUGUGGUAAUUGCAUCGCAAUGUCCACAAGAAGGGAGUCUAAAUGUUGCCAUGCAUUCAGUACGAUUGUACCGAGGCUUGAAGAAAUGGGCGUGUCCUGCAUCACGGAUCACGUGGGUUUUGUGGCAAACUGUCACAACAGAUGGGUUUUGGAAACGUCCUAUUACGAGUACAUUCAAGAUAAUGGUCCCUUGGAGGAGGGGGAAUUGAUUCACAGCUCUGGAGGUUCUGCUUUUUUGUUUUGGAAGAGGAGGGUCUGA